AUGAGCGGGGAGCUCUGGCUGUGGGCGUUGUGCGCCCUGCUGCUAGCCUUGUGCCUGCUGAACUUCUUGCGCACCGAUUCUGACCUGACACUGCUGUGGGCUGAGUGGCUGGGUCGUCGUCCAGAACAGAUGCUGACUGGCAAGGUGGUGUGGGUGACGGGAGCAUCCAGUGGCAUUGGUGAGGAGUUGGCUCUCCAGUUAUCUAAACUUGGGGGGUCGUUGGUGCUGUCAGCCCGCAGGGCGCAGGAGCUGGAGCGUGUGAAGAGAAGGUGCCUGGAGAAUGGCAACGUAAAAGAAAAAGAUAUACUGGUUUUGCCCCUUGACCUGGCUGACAGAAGUUCCCAUGACAUGGCUAUGAGAACAGUUCUCCAGGAGUUUGGUAGAAUCGAUAUUCUGAUCAACAAUGGUGGAAAAGCGCAUUAUUCCUUUGUGGUCGAUACCAACAUGGAUGUCUUCAAAGAGAUACUAGAGGUGAACUACCUAGGGACAGUGUCCUUGACCAAGUGUGUUCUACCUCACAUGAUGAAGAGAAAGCAAGGAAAGAUCGUGGUUACGAAUAGCAUUGCAGGAAUUUUACCCGUGCCCCUUUGCAGUGCGUACGUGGCCAGCAAGCACGCACUUCGGGGGUUUUUAAAUACCCUCCAAAGUGAACUUUUUAACUAUCCGGAUAUAAAGGUGUCUACCAUUUGCCCAGGACCUGUGCAUUCGAAUAUUUUCAAGAAUUCUUUUACUUCGGUAGUCACUAAGACCACAGAGGAUAAUGUCGUGGGUGUUUCCAAGAUGGAAACUAGCCGCUGUGUCCGGCUGGUACUAAUCUCCAUGGCCAAUGAUUUGAAUGAAGUCUGGAUAGCUAAGCAGCCUAGCUUGUUUGGGCUGUAUCUGUGGCAGUAUGUGCCGCUCCGGGACUGGUUAUUUUCAAGGACAACGUGGAAGAAAAUCGUUAAAGCCUUUCAUAUUGAUAUGGAUGAAAUUGAAGCUCAAUUGGUACAGUGUGCGAAGCAGAAAGAUGCUGAUUCUGAUGUUGCUGAUGAUAAUCCAGAAAAGCCAGAGUGA